AUGAGCCACCCUAUAGCGCCCCUGUCCUGCUUCAAGUGCCGGGAGAAGAAACUCAAGUGCGAUCGUAACGCGCCAUGCUGCGGUCGAUGCCAACGUUUAGCGCACCGGUGCGACUAUCCUCUCGCAAGAAAGAAGGUUACGGGAAAGAGGAAACAAGUCCGGGAGUUAGAAGCAAAGCUAGCGGAACUCGAGAGCAAACUCAAUGCGGUUCACUCCAACAACCCACUGUGGGGACCCAUCGAUGGCGAAGAAAACGCGAUGCUGGUAAUGGAAGACAUCCACGAUAGUAUUGAGGAUUACGUCUUCGAAGAUCCGUCCUGUUCAAUCCAGGCGACUAGCUCUGAAAGUUCCUCAAACCAACACGCUUCCUCGGGUCUGGCAAAAGAGCUAUCAAACCUAUUUUUCGAGAGGCAGAGUCACUGCUCUCCUAUGAUCCACAGACUCCGAUACAUGGAAUCCAUUUCCCUCCCACCUCAGUCUCAGCCGCCGCUAUGUCUUCAAUGCAUUAUCAUGGCUCUCGGAGCCGACGCCUCCGAUAAUUAUGGAGCAAUGGCAAUUCCCCUCUAUGAGAGAGCCCGAGCAUAUGCCAAAAUGGAUGAGUCUAAUGAAGGGGCGAACUCGAUGUCUGUGGCCCACGUCCAGUGCUGGGAUUUAAUAGCCAACUACGAAUUUCAGCAAAGCAUGUUUUCUAAAGCCUCAGCCAGUUUUUGCCAGAGUGCCCGGAUUGCGCAGCUGCUCCAACUGCACCGUCUCGAUAGAAAAUCCAAUCCAUCCCGCCUGGACACCAUUGAAGUCGAGGAACAAUGCCGGACGUGGUGGGUAAUUUUCAUAUCAGACCGCUUAAUGUGCGCUACAACAGGACUACCGACAAUGAUCUACAACAGAGAUGUUGACACACCACUCCCAGUAUCAGAUGAAGCAUUCAUCGAGGGACGAGAAGAGGAAACUGGCUCCUUGCAGAGCUCAUUGGGAAGUCUAAACACACAUCCGUCGAAUAUUCUAUCCGAACUUUCUGCCAGAGUUUUAGUCGCACAUCUAGUGCAGCAAAGCAUGGAACACACCAGCUUGGCUUCUCAACUUGAAAAAUCUCCUGAAAAGGCCACUGCGUACUGGAACAGACACCGCGAACUGGACAAUGAGCUGUCCUUGCUACUGGCUAGGUUGCCCAACGAUCUGAGGUCGCAUCAAUAUGCGCGCAGCCAAAGCGCGGCAGCGGUCAAUGCCCAAAUACACACUGCGAUUAUGACUCUUCACAGGACGCGGAUAUGUUUACUUAGAGCGGAACCCCGAAAAGCAUCCACCGGUCAGAACAUUCGGCACAGCCAAGAACGGACGCUUGCCGGGGCAGAGGAGAUUGCGCAUAUCCUACGCAUGACCACCGAUCUCAAAACAACGUUCAAGAACCCGAUUACGAAUUUUUCAAGUUACCUCGCCUGCCUAGUUCUGAUUGAGGACUUCUUGGAUAAUAGUCGUCAACAGAGCAGAGACACCGCUUGCUUCUUGUCCUCCAUUUUAGCUUCUGUAGGCGAGAAAAACAGCGUUGCAGACUCACUAUACAAUCAAAUUCGCGACAACAUGAUCUCUGUAGGAAUAUCGAUCCCGGAGUCCCAGAAUCCUCAGGAUCGGCCAUCGGAUAUCUUUACAUCGAAGAUGGGACAGCUCUUGACAAACGUGGCAUUCAGGCUGGUUCACAAACACCCGUCACCCGAUUGA